CCUGCGGCACCGGCGCUCGCCGCAGCCUGAAGACCAACCUGUGCAAGUGGUGCGACUCCACGCCACCAGCCUGUGAGGAGAAGGUGUGCUACAGCAACUGCAACCUCAACUCCUACUGCGAGGACCCCUACGAGAUCUGCGUGGCCAUAUGGAGACAGGACAACGAGAGCAUCAGGAUCAGCACACUCUGCCACAACCCCCACCGCCCCAUCGAGAACCUCAUGGUCCCCAACUACAACACCUCGCGCUGCAUCAUGACCCACCAGCCCAGCGAGGACGCCGUCGUCUACAUCUGCGGCUGCGUGGACGAGCAGGAGUGCAAUGACAAACUCAUCUUUGAAAACCACACCAACGGCUACUCCAUGCUGCAAAGCAAGGAAGUGAUCCCGGUGGCCGCCAUCAGCCUGCUGCCCCCGCUGCUGGUGGCGGUGAUGAUCACGGUGAUAUUUUACCUCUGCCGCACGCAGAAGCGCCGCAAGAGAGCCAAGGCAUGGGGCGGGAAACCGGGACAGCCGCCGGCACUGCCGGAGGCGGGAAUGGCCGCCGAGGAUGAGAGCCCAACCGGUGCCAGCCCCGCCUGCGCCAGCAGCCGCCCCGCCGAGCUGCUCCCUAUCGAGCUGGACGAGAUGGUGGGCAAAGGGCAGUUCGCAGAGGUGUGGAGGGCCAAGCUGAACCACAGCCGCUCGGGGCAGUACGAGACAGUGGCCGUCAAGAUCUUCCCCUGCGAGGAGUACUCCUCCUGGAAGAACGAGAGCCAGAUCUUCACCGACGCCAGCCUCAAGCAUGACAGUGUCCUGCGGUUCCUCACGGCCGAGGACCGGGGCACGGGGCCCCGCCGGGAGUACUGGCUCAUCACCGCCUACCACAGCAGGGGCAACCUCAAGGACUACCUCUCCCGCCACGUCCUGAGCUGGAUGGACCUGCAGAAGAUGGCGGGCUCCCUGGUGAGCGGGGUGGCCCACCUCCACAGUGACUACACGGCCUGCGGCAGGCCGAAGAUCCCCAUCGCCCACCGGGAUAUCAAAAGCACCAACGUCCUGGUGAAGAACGAGCAGGAGUGCGUGCUCUGCGACUUCGGCAUCGCCAUACGCCUCGACCCUUCCCUCACCGUGGACGACUUCGCCAACAGCGGGCAGGUUGGCACCGCCAGGUACAUGGCCCCAGAGGUUCUGGAGUCCAGGGUGAACCUGGAAGACCUAGAGUCUUUCAAGCAGAUGGAUGUCUACUCCAUGGCCCUCGUUCUGUGGGAAAUGGCCUCCAGAUGUGAAGUAGUAGGAGAGGUCAAGAACUAUGAGCUGCCUUUUGGGUCCAAAGUCCAGGAGCAGCCCUGUGUGGACACCAUGAGGGACAUUGUGCUGCACGGCAGAGGGCGACCUGAGAUCCCGAGCAGCUGGCUGGUGCAUCAGGGCAUGCGCUUCCUGUGCGACACCAUCACGGAGUGCUGGGACCACGACCCCGAGGCGCGGCUCACCGCCCACUGCGUGGCCGAGCGCUUCAACCUGAUGGCACAGAUGGACUGCGACGACAUCCUCAACAACAACACGGGCAACGAGGGCAGCAAGACUGCAGCGCCGGGCGGGGAGCCCCCUGGCGGCGACGGGAGCAGCAACGGGCAGUGACACCGCGGGCAGAAAGCCUCGGCACGACAAGUGAGAGGAUACAUGAGGAGCAUUCAGCUCAUGGGGAAAAAAACUCACUGCGUUGUUCAAAAUGGAACUAAGAUCUAGUACAUAACUUAUUUAUAAGAUCUGUUUCCUCCCACAGAUACAGUGAAUUGUGGAAUCAAUACUUUGGUUAAAGUGCAACUUUAUAUAUGAACUGAUUUUGUACGUACUUUAAAUGUAUAAUGAUGCAAAGCAUUCCUUCUAUUAUUUUUUAAAAUAAUGUUUAAUCUUUUAUUAAUAAGCA